AAAGGGAGAAUUCAGAUGAUUAAUGCCAGUUGAAAUAAAACAGUGAAACAAUAUACAAGGCAGUCUUAAGAUCUAAACAAAAUAUACGUAAAAUUAAAGUCGAACGAAGACGUCUAUCGAUAGUUGCCCAGCUGAUUGGAAGUUUAUUUAUGGUCAAAAUAUUGCUAUCAGCGGAAUUUCAUUUGAAUUUCAUUAGAUUAGUCAUUAAGUCAUGCCCGCGAACGGAAUGGAUAUUCCCGUGCUAAAGACCAAUGGUCAUGAGAGGCUAACUUCGCUGGACAAAGGUAUGCCACCGGCAUCACCCACUCUACCGAGUCCCACUAUCCGGAGGAACAAAAGUGAUGGAAAACUGAUGGCCCAAGAUGUGAAGGAGGCCCGGGUGAAAGUCAUCUAUACGGGUGGAACUAUAGGAAUGGUGCGAAACGAUCGGAAUGUGCUGGCUCCCAUUCCCAAUGCUCUGGUGCGCAGUAUUCGCAAAUAUCCAAACAUCCACGACGAAGAGUAUGCGUUACGUCGCUUUGGAGCAUCUGCGUCGAUGGCUCCACUGGUUCUGCCCUUCGUACAGGGUGUGGAUCGUAGGAUUAUCUAUCAGAUCACGGAAUAUACACCGCUGCUAGACAGCAGUAAUAUGACGAUGAACGAUUGGGCGAGGAUAGCCAGCGAUAUCCAGCAAUCCUACGAGUUUUUUGAUGGAUUUGUAGUGCUCCAUGGCACCGACACACUAUCCUACACAGCAUCUGCAUUGUCCUUUAUGCUGGAGAAUCUGGGAAAGACGGUGAUCAUUACGGGCUCCCAAAUCCCUAUUUUCGAGACGCGAACCGAUGGCAAAGACAAUUUCACAUCUGCAUUGAUUAUAGCUGGAAACUACAUCAUUCCGGAGGUUUGCAUCUUCUUUGGACACAAGUUAAUGCGUGGCAAUCGAACGGUUAAGGUCAGUUCGAAUGCCUUGGAUGCCUUCGAUUCACCAAAUGUACCACCACUGGCGAGGAUCGGCAUCGAUGUGAAUGUGGAUUAUCGUCUGAUCUUCCGACCUUGCAGUAUUGAAAGGUUUUGUGUGCAUCUAAACCUGGACGAAAAUGUGGGUUUGUUGCGCAUCUUUCCGAGCAUUUCACACUCCACAUUUCGAGCAUUCUUGGCUCCACCAAUUCGCGGUGUAGUCCUGCAAUCUUUUGGAUCAGGAAAUAUCCCAUCAAAUCGAAAGGAUAUAAUCGAUGAACUAAAAACGGCCGCCGAACGGGGCGUGAUCAUCAUCAAUUGUACGCAGUGUCCCAAUGGAACCGUGGCGGAGAUCUAUGAUACGGGAAAAGUUCUCUGCGAUGUGGGUGUGAUUCCUGGCUACGAUAUGACCCCAGAGGCGGCGCUAUCCAAACUCGCCUAUGUCAUUGGCAAAGAGGAGUGGUCAUUGGAAGUCAAAAAACAGAUGAUGCAGUCAAACUUGAGAGGUGAACUUACCUCCGUUAAGGCUCCGAAGAUGGAGGACUACGAUCUGGUAGAUGCGGUGGCUCGAUCACUGCACUUAUCUUCGCCCCAAGAACUCGAUCAGCUGGGCGAAACCCUCUUUCCGGCGAUGAUAAACGCCGCUGUGGCCGAAGGUGAUCUUAAGAAGAUAAACAACUUGAAAGCCUAUGGUGCCGAUUUAUCUGGAACGAAUCAUGACCAGCGGACUGCAUUACAUUUGGCCUGUCAACUGGGGAACGUUGAGAUCGUUAAGUACCUGCUGCAGAAUGGUGUAUCCGUGCAUGUGAGAGAUCGCUAUGAUCGAACUCCUUUGUUGGAGGCCGUGUCCAACGAUAGCCAUGAGAUCAUCCAGCUGCUUAUUAAUUGUGGUGCCCAUUUGACGGGAUCUUCGCGUGCUGUCGGCGAGCAACUAUGUGCAGCAGCUGCUCGAGGAUCAAUAGUGCGAUUGAAAUCCUAUCAAUAUGCCGGUGCCGAUCUUGCCCAGACGGAUCCUUCCGGCAGAACAGCUCUGCAUGUAGCAGCACUUCAUGGUCAUCCGGAGGUAGUGCAAUAUGUUCUGCCAUAUUUUGAGAACCCCAACGAGAAGGACAUGCUUGGUCUGACCGCCUUCGAUUAUGCGGAGCGCGGUGGACAUGCGGCAGUUAUAGAGUCUUUAAAAAGACCCGAAUAACUUAAGGGAACUUCCCAUAGAAAUCUCUUCCGAACUAUAACUCAAAUUGUUCCUUAACCAUCCCGAGAUUCGAUAUUUUGUACUUAAGUUUUGCAUCUAGUCUAAUGGUUCCUUAAUAUAUAUUUUGUAAAGCUUACAUAGUUCAUUGUAUAUUUAACCUAAUGCAGUUGAAAGUUCUUUGCUAUUGAAUGCAUUUAACCAGUUGGUUUUUUAUGUUUAAAUAUGUCUAAAUUGUAUCCCUUACUUGACCUUAUUGUAAUAAUUUUAUAUAUUUAUGAAAUGAAAUAAUAAUAUUAGUUAAAUUCAAUUGUUUUUGUUUGUACUUAAUGAAAUAAUAAUUUUAAAAAUGUAACAUCGAAAACUCUUAUGUAAAAGUAAAAGAGAAAAAGUGCACAUAAAUAUUGAUAUUUGAAUAUUUAAUUGUUAACAGUUUUUUUUUGACCAUAUACGAUUAUAUAAAAUAUAUAAAGAUUAAAAACUAUA